AUGUCUGCUCCAUCUCAGUUUCAUAUGAAAAUAAUGCAUUAUUUUGGUCUUUCUUUAGCAAUCUGGAGCACAAGUACUGGGAGUUUAUUAGCAGAGUGGAAGCAGUCAGAUGGCAACCCUGCUAAUAGUUAUUCCUGUAUGGCUUGCAGUUUUAUCGGAAAGAAGGUGGUGGCAUCAGGAUCUCUUGAUAGCUCUUUUAUGUUCUAUACUUUUUCCUUAAACUUUACACUUCAUAAAAAGGGGCAUGGGACUUGCUUACUAGCUGUUGGGACAAAUGAAGGGGACAUCUUGGCUAUUGAUUUCUUAGCUGGUGAUAGGAAGUGGACGUCUACUGGUUGCCAUCCUAGGUAUGAUGAUAAAUUUAUAGUGAAACUAGGCCCUUGUUCUUAUUUAUCUUUCUACAUAACUUUGAGCAAAACUGCUAAUGGAAUUGCUGGUCUUUCAUUCACAAAUAAAGGUCAUAGUCUGUAUGUCAUUGGAAGUAAUGGAAAGGCAUCUGAAAUGAAGUCCAUCUCUUCUUUGACUUUUUCACAAGAUGGGAAGUAUUUGGCUUUAGCCAGUGGUAAGACCUGUGUUGUGAGCCUGGAAAAUGGAAAAGAGCUUCUAAAGUUUCCUGAUGAGUUAGAUUCUGUGCAAUAUAUGUCUAUGUCCAAUGAUGGCAAGACAAUUGUUACAUCAGGGUUCGGGGAGAAAAAUCUUCAAGUCUGGAGUUGUGAUUUCAGUUCCAAAAUCGUGAGUGGUGGCUCAGUUAUUUCAAUGCCUCACCCUCCAUUAGCUUUUGAAUGUAAGAAUAAUGGUAGUGAAGAUGGUGGUUGUGUAAUCUUAGCAGUGUCAGAGUCUGGUAUCACUUAUAUCUGGAAUUUGGAGACCAUUUCCCAGGAUGAUGUUAAACCAACAAAGAUUACUGUAAAACCUGAUAAAGCAGAGAGAAACCAGCAGAUGAGUGCAAGCUCAAGGAAAAGCCGUACUUCUAUUAUCUCUGCCAGAUUACACGCUCCGGGCAUGGGCCAACAGGUUGUUGCCCUAAUUGCUUAUGGUCCAUUAGACUCUCCACAGUUCAGUCUUGUAAAUGUUUGCAAAACAGGGGAGAAUAUUGUUAUAAAUGCUGUGGAUCAGACUGAAACUAUUCAAGAAAACAUGGCAGCUUUGGUAAAAGGUCUCCAAGUUCCAGAGUCUGGAGUGGCGGGUGAUCCAAAUGGCAAACCAAACAAAAAAAGAGCUGCUCCUGAUCCAGACCUUGCAACUACAAGAGGCAUAAAUGAUACUGAUUUAUUCGUUGGUGAUUUAGGAACAGGUCAUGGAGAGAAUGUAGAUGGAGUCCUUGUUGAUGAUGAUCCAAAUGAGCCUACCAUGGGUGAGAAACUUGCGAGUUUAAGUUUAGUAGAAAAUGGAAAAAAUGAAGCCUGUGGAACGCAAGAAGGAGAAGAAUCCUCUCCUCGUGCCAAGCAUCCCAUUGCAGAUUCAGUCAAUGUUCUGCUUAAGCAGGCACUGCAUGCUGAUGAUCGCGCACUUCUAUUAGAUUGCUUAUACACCCAAGAUGAGAAGGUUAUUGCAAAUUCAAUCUCUCAAUUGAAUCCAUCUGAUGUUCUCAAGCUUUUACGAUCUCUAUUAUCUAUAAUUCAAUCAAGGGGUGCAGUAUUGGCAUGUGCCCUCCCUUGGAUAAAAAGUUUACUUCUUCAACAUGCUAGUGGAAUUAUGUCCCAGGAAUCCUCUCUGCUUGCCCUUAACUCUUUGUAUCAGCUUAUUGAAUCUAGAGUCUCAACUUUUGAAUCAGCUCUUCAAAUAUCAAGUUGCUUAGACUUCCUUUAUGCAGGGAUUGUUGAGGAUGAGUUCGACGAGAAUGCCACAAUCCCAGUAAUAUUUGAGGACAAGGAUGAAAGUGACGAGGAGGAAUCAGAAGAUGCAAUGGAAACUGAUCAUCAAGAGAACGAAAAUGAGGAAGCACUUGAUGAAGCAUUUGAUGGUGUCAGUGAUUUUGAAGGAAUUGAUGAUAUGAGUGACUGACUGAUGGGUAAUUAGGACUCCUUUGGGCUCCUUCCAUCUUUCAGCCUUGGAAACAAAAAGAAAAGCAAUGAGUUUCACAGACAAUGACACUUGUUUGUCAUUCGAAAAUAUACCAUACAGUUUACAAAAGAUCAGCAAGCAGGAUCAUCCCAGAAAUGUUGUUAAAUCGGAGAAGAUGAAUCUAAUUGAGGGUUUAAAUUUGUGCCGAUUCCAAGUGUACGCCAGGAAAGUUCGGAUACAUGUAACAUGUAGGAGAAAUGAUUGAUGCAACGUUGUAGUUACUGUUGCUGUACCUGGAUUUACCUUUUUAUUUUAUUUUUCUAUUUUCGAACAAUUAGCAGAAAACUCAUUUUC